CCCGUGAGACCGGGCUGGACCAGAAGUACAUUAAUGGUAGCCUAGCCACGCUAUACCCAUGUUUCUGACGGCACAAGGGUCUAGGGAAGCUCGACAGAGAGGGAGGCGGGCUAAAAGGUUGUCUAUCAAAUCCCUCUGCAGCAAUUGGGUAGGUAUACAACCAAUCAAUGCAACGAAUAGGCUGACGUAGUUCCGAGAGCACCGGCGGAUUGUGGCUAAGUCCCAUUAGCUUCCCAACCAGCGGAGCCAACUGGUAUAUUAAGGAUUUGCCAUAUCCCAUCGGCAUAAGUCCAAAUAUGUCUUUCUUCUCAAUGAAACACUUCAGUGCCGUCCUUUGUUUAUCUUUCAAGUUGAAUUUUAGCUUCAAAUCUUUAAGGGCUGUGGCCAAAGCUGAGUCGAAAGAUAACUGUUUAUUCUGCACCGGUUGUUUCUGUCAGAAUCGUUGCACCUCUGUCGUCACUUCGUUACGCCCACCUUCUGACUCUCCACUUCAUGGUGAUUGGUCCGGCCAGUUUUAGGAGAAUCCAGCCUCGAGCCUUAUGGAGGGUAACUACAUAGAUAUAUACAAACGCUAGAUGUCUCGAGACGGAGUCGGCGGCGGCGUCACUUGGCGGCCAUCUUAGGACAGGGGACUGCUCUGGCGCACUGUACUGUAGUCAAUGGUAAGGUGGAUGAUUUCCUCACUUUAACACUCAUAACUCGCUCAAUUCUUGAUUGAUUUACAAACGGUUUAGUUUAUUACAAACCUUAUUAACGUGGCUAUGAUUCAGGCUCAAUUCCGAAAUUGCAGCUUUUCGUUUUGAAAAAUGUGGCAUAGUUGUGUGUCUUUUCUGCCUGGCUACUCACAUUGAAGAUGGUUUUCCUGAGACCAACGUUUUUUGAGAACCUAAUCUUUAGGCGAAAUUACAUUCUUUGUGGUUGUGGUUGUAUUUAUUUGCUUGUUUAUGAGGGGCCGUACAAGACUUAAUUCAUUCUCGUCCUCUCACACACAUAUAUUUUCUCUCAUACUCACAUACAUUCUCCUUUCACACACAUACAUUCUCCUUUCACACACAUAUAUUUUCUCUCAUACUCACAUACAUUCUCCUUUCACACACAUACAUUCUCCUUUCACACACAUAUAUUUUCUCUCAUACUCACAUACAUUCUCCUUUCACACACAUAUAUUUUCACACUCUUACACACAUACAUUCUCCUUUCACACACAUACAUUCUCCUCUCACACACAUAUAUUUUCACCCUCUUACACACAUACAUUCUCCUUUCACACACAUACAUUCUCCUCUCACACACAUAUAUUUUCACCCUCUUACACACGUACAUUCUCCUUUCACACACAUAUAUUCUCCUCUCACACACAUACAUUCUCCUUUCACACACAUAUAUUUUCACACUCUUACACACAUACAUUCUCCUUUCACACACAUAUAUUUUCACACUCUUACACACAUACAUUCUCCUUUCACACACAUAUAUUCUCCUCUCUCACGCACACACACAUUCUCCUUUCACAUACAUAUAUUUUCACUCUCUCACACACAUACAUACUCAUUCUCCAGGGACACAGGAAGUCCCUCCUUAAGAAGGAAGUCCACAUUUAAACAGGAAGUGACUCUCAAACCUGGAAAUACAUGUACCUGCUUGGCUUAUCCUUACCAGAUAUCAAACACUGAAACUAGACAAUGAUGCGAUUCAAAUUCAUCCUAUUUUGCCUGUUUUUCAUUUUGGGAGUGAGUACCGAUGAAAAUGACCUUAGAUUUUUUUUCAACAAUGUCUUACAAUGUAUUGAACGACUGCAUGGAGAAGCUACAGAUUGUUAUGUUCAUGAGAGACUACAUGGUGAACUUCGUGAGCACAUUCAGACUUUAUCUGGAUUUCUCUCAAUCCCAAGAUUUGUGGAAGAUCCAAGAAAUAGAGAAGCUGUCAAUACACUACAGUCCUUGUGUGGAUUUCUUGAUUUUUUGCUGACUGCUUCUGAAACCAGACAAAGAACCAGGUCUGAGAACAGUCAUGUCCUGUUGCCACCAUCUCUCCUGAGUGGACAUCAAGGCAGACCUCGAUACAGCAUUUCAAGAGAGCAGAUCUCUCAUUUAGUGUCCCUUGGAAUGAACUGGCAAAGCAUUUCAACAUGCUUGGGAGUAAGCUGCCGGACUCUCUACAGGCACAGACAGCGGCUUGGCAUUCAGCCUCUGACAUAUACAGCACUAUCAAAUGACAACCUGACAAGAGUUGUUGGUGAAAUUCUUCAGUCUACCACAAAUGCAGGUGAACGAUAUGUAUAUGGGAGCUUGAGGUCACGUGGGCUGCGUAUUCAAAGAUGGCGUGUUAGACAGAGUCUACGAGAAAUCGAUCCUAUUGGAAGGUCCCUCAGAAGACGCCACACAAUUCGUCGAAGAAUUUACAGUGUUCCAACCCCAAAUCAAUUAUGGCACAUUGAUGGAAACCACAAGCUUGUGAGAUGGAGGAUGGUGUUCCAUGGCUGUGUUGAUGGUUACAGCCGAACAAUCAUCUACCUUGCUUGUCUAGACAACAACAGAGCUUCUAGCGUUUUGUCACUAUUCAUUGCUGGUGUUCAGAACUUUGGAUUACCGUCCAGGGUGAGAUGCGAUCAUGGACUGGAAAACACUGGCGUUGCCCGUUUCAUGCUUUACAGGAGGGGAAUAAACAGACAUAGUGUUAUAACUGGCAGGUCAGUUCAUAAUCAAAGAAUCGAGAGAUUAUGGGCAGAGCUAAAUCGAGUGUCAUUUCAUUUUGUUAAUCUUUUCAACUUCAUGGAGGAGCACGGUGUAUUAGAUUCACUUAAUGAGCUCCAUUUAUUUUGUCUUCAUUAUAUUUACUUGCCACGAAUUCAAAGGGCUGCCACUGAAUUUCAGAACCAGUGGAAUAACCAUGGUCUUUCGACACAAGGAGGGCAAACUCCUCUUCAGAUGUGGCAAAGGGGCAUACUCAACAAUACAGGAACACAUAACCCAACAAUGAAUGGUAUUUGUGACGUAGACAGUGACUUUUGUAUUGAUGGCAACAUACCACACUCAGAGUUACUGACAAACAAUGUUGUUGUAGUUCCAUUGAUUAAUAUUACCUUGAGUGACCCAACAAUGGUAACACUUCAGCAGACUUUUGAUCCAUUUGAAGAUGAUGGAAACUAUGGUAUAGAUUUGUUUUGCAAUCUUGUGCAUUUUCUGGAAAGGCAAUCUUAAAAGCAUAGCCCCAGAGUACAAAAAAAGAACCCCUUUCAAAAGAUAUUUUGUGAUUUGACAAAAACUAAAAGUAUAUUUACAACAAUAGAAAAGACCCACACAGGAAAUUUACUCAUUGUAGUUGUGUAAUGCAAGGUAAAAUGAAAAACUCACUUCCGAAUAGUAUAGCAUUAAACAUAUUUUGUUUUAAUUUAUGGUUGCUGUUUUCUUUCGUUUUAUGGAUCUAUGCAGAAUAUGGGCUGUUGAGACAAUUAUAGGUGUAACCUCACAUGGCCAUGUUUCUUACUUUAAAUGUUCAAACAAAGUGUUAUUAUAAAAUGGUGAAACAUAAAAUGUAUUUUUAUUGAAGUUUUCAGCAGUGGAGAACUUAAUAAAUUGACUGAACUAUUACUUAUUUUAACCAGUGUUGUUUUUUGUUAAACUGGAUGACCACAUCAAUACAUCAGUGGAUCUGAGAAUAUAGGUCUAAUGCAAGAGCAAAACCUCAGACCAGAGAGCAGAGGAAAGAUGGAAGUUCACAUUGCACAUACAGUACAUUGACUCACUUGAAAACAACACUUCACAAGCAGUGAAUGUUAAAACAGAUAACUGUAAAAACAAUUUAACAUCCUGUCUU